AUGCCUGAAUACAAAAGAACCGCCCCUCAAACCCCAGUGGUACGCGAUGGCAGCGAACGUCAGACAUCCUUGCCGACCCAAGAGCGGGAAAUAAUUGAUUACUCUCUUCGAACAAUCCGAUGUCUCAUAGCAGACUUAUGUGAACAACACAAAGGUGGACAUCCUGGAGGUGCAAUGGGUAUGGCUGCAAUUGGCAUUGCCCUCUGGAAGUACUGCAUGAAUUACUCACCCUCGGAUCCUCAAUAUUUCAACCGUGAUCGUUUCGUUCUUUCCAAUGGCCAACUCAAAUCAUAUCACUCAACACGGCCAGAUUCAACAUGUCCUGGCCACCCAGAAAUUGAAAUUGAUGGGGUUGAAGUGACGACGGGUCCACUUGGACAAGGCGUCGCCAACGCUGUUGGUCUCGCCAUGGCAACGAAACACCUAGGUAGUGUUUAUAACAAGCCCGGGUUUCCGCUGGUAAACAAUAUGACUUGGUGUAUGAUUGGAGAUGCUUGUCUUCAGGAGGGUGUCGCGUUGGAGGCGAUUCAGCUUGCGGGUCAUUGGCAACUCAACAACCUCGUUAUCAUUUAUGAUAACAAUCAGAUCACUUGCGAUGGCAGCGUGGAUAUCUGUAACACGGAGGAUGUCAAUGCCAAGAUGAGGGCAUGCGGAUGGGACGUACUGCAGGUCGAAGACGGUUGCUAUGAUGUUGAGAGCAUCGUAUCAGCAUUAAAUCAUGCCCGAUCCAGUAAAGAAAAACCGACAUUCAUCAACGUCAAAACGAUAAUUGGUAUAGGAAGUAAAGUUGCGGGAGAUGCCAAGGCUCAUGGCACAGCUUUUGGAACAGAAGACGUCGCAAAUAUCAAGAUAAAAUUCGGAUUGAACCCAGAGGAAUCCUUCAUCGUUUCGGAUAAGGUGUAUAAUUUUUUCCGUGAAGCAGUAGGUAGAGGAAAGACAUUAGAAGUGAAGUGGAGGUAUUUGUUGGAUGCGUACUCUCAAGAGUACCCGGAUUUGCAUCGUGAGUUUACUCUGAGAGUGAAAGGCAAGAUGACGGGAGACUGGUCCGAAAUAAUUCCACCAAAAGAGCACUUUCCAACAACACCAACAGCAUCCAGAAAAUCAGCUGGGCUGUGUUGCAACCCAUUGGCAUCGAAGUUGCAGAACCUCAUGGUUGGGACUGCAGACCUUACGACGUCAGUCAACAUGGCGUGGGAGGGAAAGAUUGACUUCCAACGUCCUGGUCUGCAGACAGAAUGCGGUAUUAAUGGUGACUAUACCGGGCGUUACAUCCACUGGGGCGUUCGCGAACACGCUAUGGCUGCUAUAUCAAACGGAUUGGCUGCUUUCAACAAAGGCACGAUUCUUCCUAUAACGUCAAGCUUUUUUAUGUUCUACAUAUAUGCCGCCCCAGCAGUUCGAAUGGGUGCGCUUCAAGGCCUCCAGCAGAUACAUAUAGCCACACAUGACUCUAUUGGGACUGGAGAGGACGGUCCCACUCACCAGCCUAUUGCCCUUCCAGCUCUUUAUCGUGCAAUGCCCAAUAUCCUUUACAUUCGACCUUGUGACAGUGAAGAAACAGCAGGUGCCUUUUUUGCGGCGUUCAGAGCAACGUCCACACCAACCAUCAUAUCCUUAUCCCGGCAGAAUCUGGAACAAUAUCCAAAAUACUCAUCACGAGAUGGGGUUCAACGCGGUGCCUAUACAUUCUUGGAGGAGUCCCAAGCCGACGUAACUUUGAUUGGUGUUGGCGCAGAGAUGGUUUUUGCUGUGCGGACAAGAGACACACUCCGUGAACAUUUCAACAUCAAGGCCCGGGUAGUGAGCUUUCCCUGCCAACGCUUGUUUGAGCAGCAAAGCAUUGAAUAUAAGCGACAAGUCUUACAGUAUCAGUCUGGCAUCCCAAGAGUGGUUAUUGAAGCUUAUGCGGUGAACGGGUGGGAAAGAUACGCCGAGGCGGGAUUCUCAAUGAGUACCUUUGGGCAUUCUCUCCCCGGUGCGGCAGCCUACAAGUACUUCGGUUUCAAUGAACAAAUUAUUUCUCCCGAGGUUGCAAAGCUGGUUGGGGAGGUUCGAAAGCACGGUAUCGAGAGUCUCAGAGGGGAAUUUAGAGAUUUAAAUCCGAUCCACCAUCUAUGA